AUGGCAAGCAACGGUGCAUUAGUAUGGAUUGAUUGCGAGAUGACGGGUCUAGACCCAGACCGAGAAGAAAUCAUCGAAAUCUUCUGCAUCAUCACAACGGGCACACUCGAAAUCAUAGACGAAAAUGGCUGGGGCAUCGUAGUCCAUCAGUCGCAAGAGAGAAUGGGCCAGAUGGACGACUGGUGCACGAAGACGCACGGGAAAAGUGGUCUGACAGCGGCGGCGGUGGCGUCUAAAGUUACCCCCGAGCAAGCGGCAGACGAACUUCUUGCCUACAUCAAGAAAUACGUGCCCGAGCGGGGUGCACUACUGGCUGGCAACAGCGUGCAUGCAGACCGCGCAUUCCUCCGAAAAGAGCCUUACAAAAAAGUGGUUAGUUAUCUACAUCAUCGACUUUUGGAUGUUAGUGCGUUGAAGGAAGCUGCGCGACGAUGGUGUCCUAGGGAGGUUAUUGAUAAGGCGCCGAUGAAGCAGGGGUUGCACCAGGCUAAGGAGGAUAUUCUGGAAAGUAUUGAAGAAGCUCGGUAUUUUAAGGAGGUGAUCUUUAGUACUACGAAAAAUAGCGAUUGA